UGACAGCACGUGACUGAGCGCGUCCACUGUACUCGAACCUACUUGAACUGACCUUAUGGACCAGAUUACUUCCGCACUCGCUCCCUCCAGAACCUCUCAUAAAACUGCCGUCUCUGGCUCAGCACCUGAUGGUCCUGGUAGUGUGACAAAACGCUUGACCAACGAACUCAUGACUUUGAUGAUGUCAUCAUCUCCUGGUAUCUCUGCCUUUCCCAAAAGUGAUGCAAAUCUGUUCGAAUGGGUGGGAACGAUAGAAGGCGCGGCGGGGACUAUUUAUGCCGGACUAUCGUUCCGAAUCUCUAUCUCAUUUCCCAGCAAUUACCCAUACUCACCACCAACGAUCAAGUUUGACACGCCCUGUUAUCACCCCAACGUUGACAUUGCAGGAGGCGCGAUCUGUCUUGAUAUCUUGCAGGACAAAUGGUCUGCCGUUUAUAGUGUGCAAACUGUAUUAUUAUCGUUGCAAUCAUUGCUAGGGGAACCCAACAAUGCUUCUCCACUUAAUGGUGACGCUGCAGGGCUAUGGAAUCAGCCUGACGCCUUCAAAGCUCAACUGCUGAAGCACUACCGCCCAAUUGAGACCUGUACAUGACGCUGUUGUGCCGCUUUGAUGUGUGAGGGUUGCUGGCUCUUUUGUUAUUACAUAUGUCGAUCGUAGUGUUUUCGGACUCGCACAUUUGUAGAUACGGUGAUGUGUUGCCCUUGUCGAUAGUAUAUCCCAUCCUUUGCUAUUAUGAUCCAAUGGGGAUAAGCUUUCACGUUUCAGUAGUCAGUGUGAAGCUUAAUUGCCAGCUCUCUGC